AUGUCUUUCAAUAAACAAUGGACAACAUUUAAAUCCAUUUCUCAAAUACGAAACUAACGGAGCAUAUCUUUAAAUAUCCUACCCAGGGUAUACAAUAGAUCUGUUCUAAUGUUUUGGAAACACCUCGGUGAAAAUACACAUAGCUACACUCAAUGAAAAUUAAAAUGUGGGAUUUAAAAGAACCAUGUGAUAAAAAUAAUGGAAUAUUUUGAAUUCAAGGAUGGGAUGUGGAUCAAGUAGUGAUGCUCCAGAAGGUCCUAGGACCGUUGUAGUUUUUGGGGCUACUGGCCUGCUGGGAAGCUCUGUAGCGCGGGCGCUACUUGAGGACCCAUUUAGAUUCAAAGUCAAAUGUGUAACAAGAAGAUCAUCCAGUGAUAAAGCCCGAAAGUUGGCUGAAUUAGGUGCUAUAAUAGUUACAGCCAAUUUAGAUGACCCUAAAAGUUUAGAGAGGGCGGUAGAUGGCGCUGAUACUAUGUUCCUAACUACUCAUUACUGGGAGGAUAAAAAUAAAGAAAAAGAAGUCAUUAGAGGAUUGAACGCUAUUGAUGCUGCUGUUCAUGCUAAUAUCAGACAUCUUGUUUUCAACGGUUCUGAACUGGUAAAGAAAUAUGUAGGCAGAGAGUGUGCUCAUUUAGAUUCUAAAGCAGGAAUAGAAGAGUACAUCCGGGAAGUUGCAAAAAUAGUACCAGGAAGUAGAGCUGGUCGAGCAGGAAUCACGUAUACCAUCAUACGACUUCCAUUCUGGUACGAAAAUUUCUUCACAAUAUUCAAACCACAUAAAAUCAAACACGGAGUUUAUGCCAUAGCAUUGCCCUUAGAAGACAAUGACAUGGAAGCAAUAUCGGUCGAGGACGUCGGAGAAUGUGUAGCUACAAUAUUUAACAAGCCAAAAUUAUAUGCAGGGAAAACCAUCGGUUUAACUGCUGGACGAUUAACAAUGAAAGCUGUUGUUGAAGGCUUUAAUAAACAAUUCUCAAACAGAAAAUUUGAAGAUCCGAAGAUACGAUGUAAAGAUUUUGAAAGAUUUCAGUUUGUUGGAGCAAAAGACUUGGCGGCCAUGUUUGAUUUUUUCACAUCAGAUCAUUGUGUGCGAGACUAUAAGUUAACAAAGAAAUUAAAUUCAGACAUUCGUUCGUUUGAUAAAUGGUUAUACCACAGUAGAGAAAUUAUAGACGAGGAAUUAAAGAAAGAUUGAUUAAUAUAUUUUAUGCAAAUUUUACAAACAUACUUUGGAAUUAUACUCUUCAGUUGUUGUUAUAUGCGGUUUUAUAAACGCUUGUCUGAUAUGGGAAUUCUAACAGGAAAAUAAAAUCCUUAACUCUGACUGACAAGUUAGAAACAAUA